AUGAAGAGACAAGCUUCAAUUGAAACCUUUUUUACGAAAAGGCUAAACGUAAGUGAACCUAGUGAAGUUAACUGUGCCGUUAGCAAUGAUGCUGCGUCUUCUGUUGUUGCUACUACGAGCACCGAUCCAUUUCCAGUAGCAGAGGACCGUAACCAGUUAGGCUUAUUACAAGUAAGAGCAAACAAAUAUGAUAUUGGACACUAUUGUCAAAUCAACUCUACUCAAAGCUUAACAAAUGAAGAAAAAAAUUCACUGUUAGAAAAUGUUUGGAAACCUCCGAUUGGAUAUAAAUUUCCUACUAUUUCUAGUUCAAACCAUGCUAGAUCUUUUCAAAUGAAAUGGCUAGAAGAAUUUAAGUGGUUAGCAUAUUCCGAGGAAAAAUCUGGGUCAUUUUGUAAAUACUGCGUAAUAUUUUCUCACUCCGAAACUGUAGGAAAAGGAGACCACCAAAUGUCAGGGGCAUUGGAACUAUUGGAACCCGUCAGUCUUUCCCUUUUGAAAAUUGAAGAAGAAUCAAGUGACUCAGCGCCUAAGGCACACGCUCUAGGUAGUUCUAUCACUCAAUUUCAAUUUCUUGUAAAUACUUUUGUUUUGAGCCAUAUGCUGUCUAAAACACAUAACUUAUCUGAGAAUCUUCAAAAAAAGAACUUAGAUCUCACACAGGCUGUGAAAAAUGUUUCGAAUGUCUUAGAUCUGCUUUCAAAAGAAAGGGAAAAUGCCGAUAACAACUUUAAAGUCCUGUAUAGUCAAAUACAGGAGCGGGCUGACAAACUUAAGAUUAAAGAGGAGGUUCCUAGAAUUUGCCGCCUUCAAACAGCCCGCAACAACGUUCCAUACAGUACCCAAGAAGAGUACUAUCGCCGAGCUGUUUAUUUACCUUACCUAGACGAUUUUUGCAAUUCGCUGAAGGAACGCUUUGAGUCUCACAAGGAAACAGUUGCAUCCUUACAAAACAUCCUUCCAGAAUUUUGUAUCAAAACUGAUUUCUGUGCAUUGGAACCUGCUUUCAAUUCCUAUGAAGAGGAUUUGUCCCAUAAAGAGGUUGUGGAAAGCGAGUUCAUGCUGUGGAAAGAAAGGUGGAGCCAAGAGAAGUAUGAAAAUCUUCCCAAGUCAGCCGUAAGCUCUCUUGAAAAAUGUGACCAAGAUUUCUUCCCAAACAUUUAUGUUCUAUUAAAACUGCUAGCAGUUCUGCCUGUUUCUGUGGCAACCGUGGAAAGAUCGUUCUCAAGUUUAAGAAGGCUAAAAACAUACUUGAGAAAUAGCACUUCGGAAAAUAGGCUUAAUGGGCUAGCGUUGCUUUCAAUCCACAGAGACUUUGCAAUAAGCAAUGAAGAAGUUCUUGACAAGUUUGCGAGUGUACCAAGAAACCUUGAUUUUGUGUUGUAA